CAUGAUUCACAGCCAAACCUUAGCACGGUGAACGCAUUGUAUCGAAGCUCCAAAACGACGACAAUAAAGCUUUGUCCUCAUCCCGGACCAACCACUUCAGAAUUGCAUACUCUUCUUCAUCCUAUUAAUACUUCUUUCUUCUCUUCUCAUCUCAGUGGAGGAAGUUCUCAUGGCUCUCCUGCAAUGGCUAUCCACAGUCUCGCUUCUAGCAUCCACAAUACUAGUAGUUCUCAUCUUGGUUACAACUCAUCUACCAAAGAAACGACGAACCAAUCUUCCGCCCGGUCCUCGGCCGCUUCCCCUCGUCGGCAACCUCCACCUGCUCGGCCGAAUGCCCCACCUAUCCCUCCAACGUCUGGCUCAUAAGUACGGCCCCAUCUUCUACCUCACCCUCGGCCAUAUCCCCACCGUCGUCGUCUCCUCCGCGAGGACCGCCAAAGAAGUCCUCCGCACCCACGACCUCCCCCUCUCGAGCCGCCCCCAGCUCUACGCCGCGAAGCAGCUCUUCUACGGAUGCACCGAUAUCGCCUUCGCCCCCUACGGCCCCUACUGGCGCCACGCCCGCAAGAUCUGCAUCCUCGAACUCCUCAGCGCCAAGCGCGUCGAGUCCUACCGCCCCGGGAGGGCCGCGGAGGUCGAGCAGCUCGUGAGGCGGAUCGCUGCCGCGGCGUCGGCAGCGGGCGGGGCCGUGAAUUUGAGCAGGCUUCUGGGGUUGUACGCGAACGGCGUGCUGUGCCGGGCGGCGUUGGGGAGGGAGUUCGCGGAGGGCGGGGAGUACGAUCGGCACGGAUUCCACAAGAUGCUGGACGAGUACCAGGCUUUGCUUGGGGGGUUCAGCCUGGGGGAUUUCUACCCGUCGUUGGAGUGGGUGAGUGCGGUGACGGGGAUGAAGAGGAGGCUGGAGAGGACGUUCAAACGUUUCGAUUGCUUCUUUGAUGAGAUAAUAGAAGAGCAUAGGAAGAAGAGGAGGGAGGGAGGAGGAGAGGAGACUAAGGAUCUGGUGGAUGUGUUGCUUGACGUCCAGAAGGAUGGGAGUUUGGAGAUGCCUCUCACCAUGGAUAACAUUAAAGCCAUCAUCUUGGACAUGUUUGCAGCUGGAACGGACACGACCUUCAUAACACUGGAUUGGGCUAUGACAGAGCUGCUAAUGAAUCCAAGAGCCCUGAAGGGAGCCCAAGAUGAAGUCCGAAGCAUUGUUGGCAAGAGAAGAAUGGUGUCCGAGACUGAUGUCCCUCAGCUCCAUUACCUAAACGCUGUGAUAAAGGAGACAUUCCGAAUGCACGCUCCAGUUCCGGUUCUCGUCCCAAGAGAAUCCAUGGAACAAGUAACCAUAGAUGGAUAUCAAAUUCCAGCCAAGACCCGAAUAUUUGUCAAUGCAUGGGCUAUUGGAAGGGACCCUGAAUCUUGGAAAAAUCCAGAAGUUUUUGAGCCUGAGAGAUUUUUGGGUAGCUCUAUUGAUUUCAAAGGGCAGGAUUUUGAGCUUCUGCCUUUUGGGGCUGGGAGGAGAGGAUGCCCAGGCAUCACAUUUGGCAUGGCCAGCAUCGAGAUCGCAUUGGCACAACUUCUGCACAGCUUUGAUUGGGAGCUUCCUCAUGGCACUAAACCUGAAGAUCUGGAUAUGAAGGAAGCCUUUGGCAUAUCCAUGCAUAGGAUAGCUGAACUGAUUGCAGUUGCCAAACCACAUAAUGUCAUCUGAGAGACCUCUACAUAGAGGCUGAAACCUGGGACACAUCCCAAGUAAAAUCAUGUAGCUCUCUCUACUAGGAUUUCGCUAUCUAUCAUAUCUGGUGGUGAAGUAGGUUGGCAAUGUCAUAUGCUAUUUAAGGUAGAAUAUCAUGCUUGGCGCAUCUAUGUAUCUCAUUGAAGCUGAUAAACUUGACAUAUUAAUAUCCUUAUCCAUAUUUGAUUUUUCU